AUGGCUUCUGUCUAUCUUCAUGAAUUUAGGAGAUUUUGGGGGCUCAACAUCCCUCUUUCCCGCGGCUACGCAGUGAGGGCUUCCACUCUUAGUUUGCUGUUUUUCUUCCUUUUCUUUCCUCUUCCUUGGCUGAAUCUGAUGAAGGAAAGGAGGUGCAAAUGUAUGCUGGUCCAAGGGAUGCUUCUGACAGCAUGCAGGAUGGUAUUCAUCGGUUCUUUGGAUGUCUCUGGCUUGGGACUGGUUUCCAGCAGCUUACUUAAGGAGCCUGCCAUCUACUCCUUCACACAUCGGUUUCCAAAAUUUCCUUCUCCUUUCCACGCUCCAGACCAAAACUUCCCUCUAACUCUCCUCCCUUCGUUCUUCUUCUUUCUUCUCCAUAAAUUCAAAUAUACUGAAAGAGUGAAGUCAGGCCAAAAUUGUUUACCUCCAGCCGCUGAGAAGAAGACCCAAGUCGAACCCGACCCCGUCGUUCCAUCUUCGUUCCAAAGGAGCCCGUUCGUCGCUGCUGGAAAGAUGUUGUCUUUUGUUUUGGCAGCCAAAUACCCAAAACCCCUUUUCUACCCAUCUUGUUUCCACUGCACCAAUAGUGCUCACGGAGUGGGUGCUAGCAAGGAAGGGUCUGCGCCAUUGUCUAGGUUUCUUCCUUCGUUGAUUUUGCUCGAGCUGCCGGAAAGGUACACGCAUUUUGGGCAUAGGGACUUGCUUGUCCUGCUUGUUGAUCACAAAGCGAGACUCUUACUUGUCAUGAGCUUGAAUUUUAAAUUGCAUGUACCCAUUAUGGCAUCCGGUAAUCCACCAUUUAUCAUAAGGGAUCAUCUUUACUCCGUAGAUGACAGGUUGAAGAGAGGGAGACCUCCUCCUUUGCUCAAGGGUGCCGACGAGGAUGUAAUCAUUGAUGAAGAACCAGCGCCAGAAGCUACUUCAGUGAUUGAUCCUGCAUCCGUAUCAAGGUGCUGCAUAGAAAGGGGUCUGUUUCCGGCAGUUCCUUUGUUCUUUCAAUAUCCCUGCAGCAUCAGCAAGGGUUGGUCGGAGUGGGUUGAUGCUGAACUGAAGAGCCCAUCUACCCGUGAUAUCCUAAGCCGGGCAGGCGUGUUGGAAGCCAUCUUUGCUUCUAAGGCUUGCGACAUCCAUAUUGAAGCCAAGACGCUUCGACACUUGGUUAGACGGUGGAGCACUGAGACGCACACUUUUAUUUGUUCGUGGGGAGAGUUCACUCCCACGCUUGAGGAUGUAGCUAAUAUUUUCCAUCUCCCACUUUGCGGCAGCCAAGACCCUUUCCAUAUUGCAUUAACCCCGGAAGAUGGGCUAAAGCUUGAAACUUUGCGGAAGGGUGCUCCGACCUCUCCUAGUACCUCUCUGAGAUUCAGUAAUUGGAUUCAGUUUUUCGGGAACAGUGAUCGAGACGAGCCGUGUCGCCUUGCUGCGUUCGUGUCCUUGUGGCUCGGGAGGUUCCUCUUUUGUGAUUUUUCUCAAGACUGCUUGCAUGGGAGAGUGUUUCCGUUGGCUUUGGCAAUAGCACGAGGUAGCAUGAUCCCUUUAGCCCCCAUGUUCUUGGGGCACUUAUAUCGCUUGCUUGACCAGAUUCAAUUUCUUGAGAAGGGGGCGGCCGGAACCAUGGCUGUGGAGACUUUUGUAAAUUCCAGUUUUCUGCAGAUCUUUUUAUGGGAACGCUUCAAAGGGAUAGAGGUAUCUCCACUCCCUUAUUCAAAGGCUGAGUCACUGGUUGCUUCGGACGAGGAUUCCUACGUGCCGGGUAGUCUUCCUCUGAUCUGUAGAUGGUUCCGUCGCAUGCAACGGAAGGGCCAAAAUUUUUUAGAGCUGCUGGACGAUGUUGAGCAAUUUAUUUUUCGCCCCUAUUGUGCCUCAUCAGAGGGCUUUAGAAGUAUGCCCUUCUAUGCUGAUUCUGCUGCUUUAAUGGAGGCCCUGGCCAUGCCAACACAAGGUUGUCGGUUACGCAGAGAGGCAUUGUUGAGUGCCGCAUGCCUCCCUCUGCCCACAUUCGGUGAUGACCACUUGGAGACUUCUGUGCAUUAUUCCCCUUACCGGGUUAGACGACAGCUUGGGUUUGACCAAGGUGUGCCCUCUCGUCCCAACCAUGGAGAUUCCUUGAGCUUGCACAGGGUUUUCUGGACUGGUGACAGCGUGCCGGGAGACGGCAGGCCUCUUGCCCUUGCUCUGGCCAGCCGGAAGCGCGUUGGUGGUCUCUCAAAGGCCUACCAAAAUUAUUGGAACCGCUGCUUUGCCUCGUUCAGCCGAUUCCAUGCUGCCCAUUGUGAUAGCUUGAUUCCCACCGUCAUUCAUCAUGCCCGUUUAGUGUCGGAAGAGAAAGCCAUUUCCUUGAGCGAGAAGCGAAAUCUGCCCUUUAUCUCCAAGAGUGGAGAAAUUGUUGGUGAUUUUUCGAAGCUAAAGCGGAAGUUGGAAAAGUCGGGUUCUCAUAGUGCCGGGAAGAGUGUUGCACAUGGGAAACGGAAGCGUGAGGAAAGCUGCAGCGCCGAGAAAAGGCAAGCUGUGAAAGAACCGAAAAGGUUCAUCCCCAAGGUAGCGGCAGGUGGUCCUCCCAGCUCAAGAAAGGUUGCCUUGCCCGAGUCCUUACAGCAGCAGCCUACAGCUUCCGGCAGCAGCGAGCGAGCAGCUCUAAAGCUUCAUCUCCUCACAGUAAGUACUUCCCAAAGUAAAGGCAAGGGUAAGGGGUUUUCCGUGACCCCGAAACGUCGAAGCAUGCGUAUUCUUGAAACGCGGUUUGCUAAUACCCGAAAGAAUAAGGGUGAAGACUCGGGACCCAAAGUAGUGGUGACGGUUGAUGAUAACAGUGAUGAUGAUAGUGAUGGCGAUGGCGCUGCGGGAACUGAGGCUAACAUUCAUGAGCAAGAGAGUGCUCACGAUACGAGUGGCAUGGACGAGGACUUUGAUGAAGGCCAAUACGAUAGUCACGACGAAGACACCUAUCCGGCUUUCGGCACUAGCUUGGGGGAGUUCGAUGACCCAGAUACGACUCCUGCUUUGACUGGCGAUCAUGGACAGCGUGUCGAUAUUGAACUGGUCGUGCCCGCCAUUGAAGGCACGAUAGGUGCUUCAUCGGAGGCUGAUUUUGCCCUUCCCACUACUGUCGCUGAAGUUGUCCUGAGCCUUCCGGCAGUGCAACCUCCUCCUUCUCCUGACCCAUGUACCUCUGACAUGGCUGCUGAUGCCUCUCCACUACUUCCAACAGUUCCUCCUCCUAUUUCUCCAAUUCCGAACGUACCUGCCAUAGCUUCCGGCACUGCUCUACUUCUUCCAGCAGCACAUCCCCUUACUCUCCCAAUCUCGAGCACACCUGACAUAGCUUCCGGCACCACUCCACCUCUUCCAGCAGCACAUCUCUGUGAUAAGAAUGUUGGUGCUUUUAUCGCAGGUUCCUCAAAAGGGCCUUCAUUCGAGAAAGGCAUGUCUUGGCAAGAUUGGGAGAAUUCCUACACGGCAUUCAAAGCCUUCUUUGAUGGUGGUGUCACCAUUCUUAGAUCCAUUGAUGAACUUCUUCCGCUUUGCCACAGAUUCGAUGGUUAUGCAACAUUCCAAGGCGCCCUUGUGUAUCCAGAGACGGUUGGAGCCUUGAAAAAGUUCAUGGACAAAUACGGGAGUUUGCUGGAAGCUACAGAUGUCACCUCCUCUUUCUCAAGGGGUACUGCCCUUCGAGCGCUUGGCUUAGUACUUCAUGGGAUGGACACCAUGCAACUCCUUGAUAUUACAGAUCAUAAACUGCUCUCACGUGCCGUUUUUGGAGCACGGGCCAUUCGUAGUAUGCAAUUAUCGCAUGAUUCCGAUGAAGUAAAAGCCGCUGCAGACGCCUUGAAUAUUAAACAGCAAGAGUUGGAAAACCAGCGCCGGGAGAUGCAUGCCCUUCUUCUUGCUAAGGGAGUUUCUGUUGACAGCGCUGAGUGCGUGACGGAGGCAGCAGCCAGAUUAUCUCCUGGGGCUUCCUUUGUUCUUUUCGGACAUUCCCCAUAG